AUGUGGUCAUCCCUGGGGCUGCCGAACGCCUACUGCGAUAUCUUCGACCGCAUCGAGAGCCGCGGCGCCGCCUGGUUGGUCGCGACCGGUCAUCUGUUGCUUCACGCCCUCGACCCACCACCAAGAGGAGAUGCUCCUGCUGCUGGUUCCGAUUCUUCUUCAUCUAACUUGUGCAACGAUGGCAAGGACGCCGGCGGCCGGCGCGCGAUGAGCGGGGAGGGGCGUGAUGGCGGUAGGGGUGAUGAUGGGCAAGAUGACGAGGAACGGCGCGAGGAACAGUACCGACGGCUGCUGGACAACUGUCUGGAGCCAUCGUGGCACGAGAAGAAGAGCGAAAAAACGGCGGCCACUAAGACGGUGAUCGAAGCGGUAGGAGGGAAAGAGAUGCCGUCGCUUACGGCUGCCCUGACUAGACUCACAAACAGCUCGACGUCUGCGACCUCAUCUAUGCCCGACAGCACGAGAAGCGCGAAGAACAAAAGCAUCGGACAAGUCAGUUCUCCUGCAGUCACAGUACCACAAGAAGGCAGCCCCGACAACAACCUCCAGGCGAAGCCAAGGCCACCGUCCACCCCACCGAGCCCGCAGACGAUGACGCCGUUGUCACUGCCUAGCAGCGCGGGGACAGGCCGUAGACGGCGCAGCCGUAGCCCUAGCCGAAGAUCCCACAGGCAAGGUGGGAACAGCACGGGCACCCGCUCUCCUGCGGCGAACACCCGCCUUCCAGCCACCACGGCCGUCGAGCCCGGCGGCAAGACUUGCGCGGUGUGCCUCCGGCGAUCGUCCCCCGCCGCCAUGUGCCGCAAGUGCGGUCGCCGAGCCGCCAAGGCUCUGAAGGACAGGGCGGGCUCCCGCAAGGCCCGGGUGAUCCUCGUCCCCUACGGUGGACACUUCGGGGUAGGCGAGGCGGACGCCCUGCAGAGAGAGGGCGACUCGGUCAAGCGCUGGGUCCGGCUGCUGGACGACGAGACGGGGGCGGACUUUUACCACAACGUCCACUACGGCUCUUCGGUAUGGAAGUCCGGGAUCGAACUGCCGAAGCCUGCGCCCGUCGUGAAGGCCGCCCGGCGGCGGCGAAAGGUUGGUGAUGGCGGCGGCGGGGUGGUGGCGGUGGUAGGCUCACCGAACUCUGCGGCCUCUGUUCCCCGCAGUACCACCCCCCCCGCCCCCGGGAGCCCCGCGGCUCGAGCCUUGCCGAUGGCGAGAGCGGCUACGAACCCCCGCGCGAUGGGGAUGGCGGCAUCCGGUAGUAUUGUCCAUCGGACGGCGCUGGUGCGAAGGACCAUGAUGGCGCUUUCAACCGCGUCGAUGGCGGCUCUGAGGGCUGCUGCGGGAGGUACCGCCAAUGGCGGCGACAACAACGACGGCGAGGACGACGAUAGCAAGAGCAAGAAUUACGACAACGACGACGACGGCAACAACGGCAACGCCAACAAGGGCACCUCUUCUCCUAGAACGAUCAUCGAGCGGGCGAUGGAAAAAGCAGCGGCUGUGUCGUCACCCGCUUCGUCCCCGUCCCCGCCACAGAAAAACGCCUCCGCCUCUCCCACGGCCGCCGCCGCUUCGCCCGGCCGCAACCGAGUGGUAGUGCGUGACGCGGGGGACGCAGAACCCGAGGUCGUCCUCGACGCCCACAGGAGGAUCUAUCCGCCAUUCAGACUUGUCUCGUGGGAGGAUGUAGAAGCCGCGGCGGUGGCGGCGGAGUUGGCUGGCAUGAAAGGCGUUUCGCCUAGGCCGGGAACGGGGGUGUCGGGGAGGAAGAGUUACUCGCACGGGACGUCCGGGGAUUCGGCCGGCAGGGGGCGGCGGCCGAGGCUGACGACGGCGGUGACCAAGGGCGGCGGGUAG